AUGUGGGUUCGUCUCCACAGCAACCCAUGUAUUACUAUAGCCAAUUGGGACAGCCUUCACCCUCACCAGUGCUUGGCACACUUUCUGCCGGAUCAGCCCAGCAAGCGCUACAGUAGCCGCUCUAGCCCAACAUGCCGCUCCAGCCCUCUGCUCCCAUGCUGCAAGCUUAUCCGCAUCAGUUCUUCUAUGGGCCGCAACCCAUGUCACCGCAGAUCAGGCCCCCAGGCCAAGUCGCAACAGCCCAGGGUUUUCUGCCUUCACCAUCCUUUUUUGGCAGCCACACCUCAGCUAGAUCACAACAACAACAACCAACCGAUCUCUCAUUUGUGUUUCAGGCCAUGUCAGUUCAACCGCCUCCCGAUAAUCACUACUACAUGGAUACCAGUGCGAGCACCCACAUGUCUUUUAACCAAGGAUCUUAAUACAGGUUCUCUUCUCCACCGUGUCGACAGUGUCAGUGAUUUGUAUCCGUGCCACCCUUCAUCUCUAUCCAAGGCUCUUGCCACGUGUGAUAAUGGACGUGAAUUUAGCAACCAAUUACUUCUUUCUUAUUUCCAAACUAAUGGCAUUUCUGUUUGUUUCUCAUGUCCGUACACGUCACCUCAAAACGAUAAAGCCAAAAGAUCCAUUCGCUCCAUCAACAAUAUUUUGCACACGAUUCUGUUUCAAGUGUCUCUUUCCACCAAGUUUUGGGUAGAAGCUCUUCACACCGCCAUUCACACCCUUAAUCUUCUUCCUACCACCACCCUUCCUAUAAAACCCCGUUUGAGCGCUAUAGCUCCACACAAACUCUCACCUCGUUCGAGUGCAUGUGUUUAUCUUGGCCCUGCUUCUGAUCAUAAAGGCCAUAAAUGCCUUGAUCUCAUCAUCAUUCAACGUUUCAUUAUCUCUAGACAUGUGGUAUUUGAUGAAGAUCAUCUUCCCUACUUUGAAUUUCACGCUGCUCCCAGUAAUUCUGAGUUAGACUCCCUUGUUCAGGAUGAUGAUGACUCUCUUUCUCCUCUUGUCGCAUCUCCUAAGUGUGUUGCUUCUGCUCCCGCAACCACGACACCCUCUCCUUCCGCUACACCAGCGUCACCCCCUCUGACACCGCCUACUGGUUUGUAA